AUGGACUACACGUAUACAAACCCACAGCAGCAGUUGCAAUACCAACAACAACAGCAGCAGUUGAAGGAGCAGCAGUACAUUCAGCAACAACAACAGCAGCUUCACCAACAACAAGUAUUACAGCAGCAACAGCAGCAGCAGCAGCAGCAGCAGCAAAUGAUGCAGCAGCAGCAAGGAUUUCAAAGUUAUGCUAAUAAUGAGCACCAGGACAAUGGCGGUAUCGCAUCUACCUAUUUCUAUCAGCAACCACAGCAACAACAAUUGCAGCCGGACACUUUCAAUAGGUCCACUGAAGGCUUCCCAAGAAGUGUGUUGGACAGAGCUACAGCAGCUAAACUUCGUUUAGAACACUACUAUAAAACUGCUCUUGAUCAAGCUUACGAGCGAAAUCAAAGACGCAGUGAAAUUGAAAACAAAUUAGCACACGAGCAUUGCAGCGAGGAAAAGAAAAAGAGACAACUUCAGUCGCUAGGCAGAAAAGAAUCUCAGUAUUUAAGAUUGCGUAGAACCCGACUUGGCCUUGAAGAUUUUGUCACAGUAAAGGUGAUUGGCAAAGGUGCCUUUGGUGAGGUGAGAUUGGUACAAGCAGGAGACACCGGAAAGAUUUAUGCCAUGAAGACACUGAAGAAAUCUGAAAUGUUGAAAAAAGACCAAUUGGCCCAUGUCAAGGCAGAGCGCGAUGUAUUAGCCGAAGCCGACUCACCCUGGGUUGUUCAACUCUACUUUUCUUUUCAAGAUGCACAAUAUCUGUACUUGAUCAUGGAGUUCUUACCUGGUGGUGAUUUGAUGACCAUGCUAAUCAAAUACGACACAUUCAGUGAACCUGUGACAAGAUUCUAUAUUGCAGAAAUUGUGUUGGCGUUGGAGGCUAUUCACAACCUGGGAUUCAUUCAUCGUGAUAUCAAACCAGAUAACAUCCUGAUUGACAAGGAUGGUCAUAUCAAAUUGUCAGAUUUCGGUUUAUCCACUGGAUUUCACAAGACACACGACUCUCAAUACUAUCAGCGUCUGUUGGAGGGAGCACAAAACUCAUCUGGACCUGAUUUCAUCAACCUCAAUACGCAAAAAGAAAAGAUUGCUACAUGGAAAAAGAACCGUAGAGCACUAGCUUAUUCUACAGUGGGUACACCAGAUUACAUUGCACCCGAGAUCUUUUUACAGCGAGGCUAUGGUCAAGAGUGUGAUUGGUGGUCGUUGGGAGCCAUCAUGUUUGAAUGUCUGUGCGGUUAUCCUCCCUUUUGCUCUGAGAAUCCCCAUGACACAUACCGAAAGAUUAUGAAUUGGCGCGAAACAUUGAUCUUCCCUGAAGACCAACCCAUUAGCCGAGAGGCAGAGGAUUUGAUACGUCGAUUGAUUUGCGACCCUGAAGUGCGUCUUGGUAGAAAUGGGCCCGAUGAAAUUAAGCAACAUCCCUUCUUUUACGGUAUCAAUUGGGAACAAAUUAGAAAUGAAAGAUCACCUCAUAUACCUCAAUUAAGAAGUAUUACGGAUACCAGCUACUUUCCUACAGAAGAACUGGAUGCUGUACCUGAUGCUGUGGAUAACCAAGGAUAUCAAACAGACACUGUUAAUGCUCAAAAGGAUCUUGCAUUUGUUGGCUAUACUUUCAAACGUUUUGAUUAUCUGACCAGAAAGAAUGUUUUGUAG